AUGGGGGCUGUUGGUCAAUUCUUUCUGCUAGUAUGGAAGAAUUUCACGGUAUCCCGUCGGAAUUAUUGUGCCACAGUGUUCGAAGUUAUUCUACCAGUGGCCUUCUCACUGUUGCUGCUGAUGCUGCGGUUCUUGGUAACCAGUGUCGACCACGCCCAACCCUUCAAGUGGGACGGAUUCCGUGCCGACGACUUUACAGUAUAUAUAGAUUCAACUAAUGGAAUUCUGUAUUCUCCUAACGACAGCUCUGUUAGGGAGGUGAUGAACAAUGUUUCGUUAACUCUCGGACCUUACGUUAACAUUACAGGUUUUGCUACCUCAGCCGACGCUGUCAAGGAGUACGAACAAAGUCCGAGAAAUGUGUGGGCUGUCGUGGAGUUUGAGGGGCAGUAUUCCGGAUCCUCUCUGCCGGCAGACAUUACAUAUAGACUCCGUGUGGCCACCUUAGCAGAUGAAAAAUGGAGAACAGAUAGGACUUUUCAAUUUUACCAGCAAUUUGGUCCACGACAACAAUACACAAAUACAUCUGGCGACCCUUUCUACCAAGAAAGGGGGUUUCUGUAUCUUCAGUACGCCAUUGAUAAGGCCAUCAUCGAUCGGAAAAGCCCUGGAAACGGGUUAGGGAGUAAGUAUACUGUGAGUCUGCGGAAAAUGCCGUAUCCGCCCUAUGUGCAGGACACCCUACUCACCGUGCUGAGGUCGAGCUUACCAUCCAUUGUUCUCUUCGCCUUUAUCGUGACUGUGUUUCAGACCACCAAAAAUAUUGUGUACGAGAAGGAAAAUAAGCUCAAGGAAACGAUGAAGCUGAUGGGAUUGCAUCCAAUACUUUACUGGAUGUCCUGGUUCACCAAAGUCUUUAUCUACAUGAUCAUCGCAUGCUUCUUUUUCACUCUGAUGAUGUCAAUUGACACGGGAGAAACCGGAAGUGUUCUACCAAAGUCAUCACCCACCCUUAUCUUUGUCUUCUUUCUUCUCUACACACUGGCGAUCAUUGCAUUCUGCUUUCUGAUGGCGUCAAUAUUCAGCAAAGCCACAUCGGCCGCCUUCGCCGCUGGUAUCUUGUAUUAUCUCUUCUUUGUACCCCAGUACUUCAUGGCAGAUGACUAUGAAACACUGAGUCGAUCCGUGAAGUUGGCCGUUUCCUUGCUCCAUCCUAUGGCCCUAACGUGGGGUAUUACUACGAUCACCAUUUACGAGGGUACAGGUGCAGGCGCACAGUGGUCAAAUUUUCACACUCCGGCCACCAAAGACGACAACUUCUCCUUAGGUUUGGCUAUGGGGAUGUUAGUUUUAGACUCCGUCAUCUGCUUUUUCUUCUCCUGGUAUCUGGACAAUGUUAGGCCCGGCGAGUUUGGAAUUCCCAAACCAUGGUACUUUUUGUGCACGAAAACGUACUGGUGCGGCACAGAUGGGCAGGAGGACAUGUUAGAUGUAACUCUCGGUCAUGUUAACCCAAACAAAUUCGAAGGCGACCCUGCCGACCUCAACGUUGGCAUCAAUAUAAGCCAUCUUCGAAAGGUGUUUGGAAGUGGAAAGAAAAAAAAAGCAGCCGUGGUGGACACAACUUUGAAUAUGUACCAGGGUCAGAUCACUGCUCUAUUGGGACACAAUGGGGCGGGGAAGACUACUACUAUGUCAAUGUUGACAGGAUUUAUACCUCCAACAAAAGGAACAGCCAUUAUAAACGGCUGUGAUAUUCGGAAGAAUAUAGAUGGUGUUCGGAAGAGCCUUGGCCUUUGUCCACAACACAAUGUUUUGUUUAAUAAUCUUACUGCAGAAGAACACCUAUGGUUCUUUGCUAAGUUAAAAGGCUGUCCGGGGAAUAUUCUGAAGAAAGAGAUCUCCGAUAUGAAGAAGCUGCUAGGGAUGGAGAGAAAGGCGAAUGUUCUGUCAUCCAAUUUGUCCGGUGGUCAGAAAAGGAAGCUGUCGUUAGGAAUAGCACUAAUAGCGGAUUCUAAGGUCCUCAUACUGGACGAACCCACCUCUGGGAUGGACCCAGCUGCCCGCAGGGAAACAUGGGAAAUCUUGCAGAAGUACAAAGAAGGCCGAACCAUUCUAUUGUCAACUCACUUCAUGGACGAGGCUGACAUUCUUGGCGACCGAAUCGCCAUCAUGGCUGAGGGUGUCAUCAAAUGCUGUGGAACAUCCCUAUUUCUUAAGAAAGCUUAUGGUGCUGGGUACCACUUGGUAGUUGUGAAAUCAAAAACUUGUGACGUGAAUCGGCUAACUAGUCUGGUAACGAGUCAUAUACCACGUGCCGUAGUUGAGAGCGAUAUUAGUGCAGAGUUAUCCUAUCUUCUACCGUUUGAAGAAUCACCAAAGUUUGAGAAGCUUUUUGAGGAUAUAGAGAGUAACUCCGCAUCUCUUGGUAUCAGUAGUUUUGGCACAACUGCCACCACAAUGGAGGAAGUCUUUCUUAAGGUUGGCGAAAGUUCUAAAUCCGAGGACGACGAAGACGAAGAUGGAAAAAAUGGUCACUCAAAUACCACCUUUGUGGUCGAAAGGGAUUCCAUGUUGAUGCAGCCUACAACUAACGGUGCACUCUCAACAAAUAUUUACGAGACGUUUGAAAAGAACACUGGCUUAAAAAGAACUUUUCAACAAUUUUACGGAAUGUUUGUGAAGAAGGCCAUCAACACAUGGAGAAACAAAGUCGUGACUAUAACUCAGCUGAGCCUUCCAGUGGUAUUCACCGUGCUGGCCUUCCUGGCUAUACAGGAAAGUCCUAGUCAGCAAAACACGACUGCUGAACCUUAUUUGAAACUUGAUCUCGCACCUUUUGGCUCUGAUUCCACAGUUAUGUAUAAAUAUGGUGAAAAUCUUGAUCCGGAAACGCUUCGAAUCAAAAAUCAUUUCUUGAAUCUGUUUUCCACCUAUUCUACGGAAGAUGCAAAAGAUUUUAGCUCUUUGGAAGAUGCCUUUCUGUCGAAAGCAGCUGCCAUAGGAAUCGCAACAUUUAAUGAGCGUUAUAUCGUUGCCGGAGACUUUCCAAACAACAGCUCCCCAUUGACAGCCUAUUUCAAUGGACAGCCUUUCCACUCUUCGGCUGUUGCACUGUCUUAUAUGAUGAACGCAUUAUUGAGAGGAAUCCCAAUUUCCAGCAAUGACUCUAUUACGACAAUAAACCAUCCACUACCACCCACUCUCACCGAUCAGAGCGACAGAGCAAGUGUCACGGCUUCCGCUGGUGGAUUUACUGUCGCUCUGCUCGUCUUAUUCGGGAUGGCCUUCCUCUCCACAAGCUUUAUUCUGUUUCCCAUCAAGGAACGUUCUACUGGUGCCAAACAUCUGCAGACAGUUAGUGGUGUUAGCUCGUUUGCUUACUGGCUAUCCAACUUCUGCUGGGACUUGCUGAACUACCUAUUUGUAGCAGUCUGCAUAGUGAUAGUGUUUGCGGCGUUCCAGUCCCCAGCCUAUGUGGAGGACGGUCGAAUCGGCUUAGUUGUUCUGGUUUUCUUUAUAUACGGAGUUUGCUGCCUGCCAUUUGUUUAUUUUCUUCAUUUCCCCUUCUCAACACCGUCCACGGGUAUGGCAGUCAUCACCAUCCUCAACAUAAUCUCAGGUAUGAUUGCCCUGUUGGCUGUUUUUAUCCUGGAACUUCCUGGCCUUGGCACUGAGGAUGUGGGAAGAGCCCUUAACUGGGUGUUUACUGUUCUGAUACCUCACUACUGUCUGGGAAGGGCUUUGAACAACAUCUACGUCAACUACCAACAUACCCAGACUUGUGAAGAGUUUCAGUAUCGAACAACGUGUUUGUUCAAGAAUGAUGGUCCGUGUUGUUCAGGUUGUACUUCGAACUGUCUUGUAUUCAGCGAAAGCUACCUGGUAUGGGAUUCUCCUGGGAUACUGAAGUUUAUCGUCUUUAUGGCUCUCCAGGCUGUUUUCUUCUUUGUCGUCGUGUUGGCUAUAGAGCAUGGUGUACUUGGUAAGCUUCUUUACUGCGUCUGCAGUAGUUGUGGACCACCUCAGUCGGAUGAGGAGCAUCAGACUGGCGAGGCGGAAGACAGCGACGUUAAAGCUGAAAGGGAGAGAAUCUGGAAUUCGCCUCUCACUAAACUGAUGGAGACAGACGCACUCAUCAUUAAAGGUCUGUCGAAGUCUUACCGUCGUGUUAAGGCUGUACGAGGGAUCAGUGUGGGAGUUGCCAGUCAGGAGUGUUUUGGACUCCUUGGACAAAACGGUGCAGGGAAGACCACUACAUUUAAGAUGAUCACUGGUGAUGUGUUCGUAAAUAACGGGAAUGCCUACCUGAACAGUUUCGAUGUGAAGCGACACCUUAAACAGGUCCAACAGAAUCUCGGCUACUGUCCACAGUUUGAUGCCCUUAUCAGCCAGAUGACAGGCCGCGAGACGCUGAACAUGUACGCCAGACUUCGUGGGGUACCAGAAAACCGUAUAAAGGCCGUAGUAGAUGAUCUGAUAAACGCCACGAUGCUGACAAAAUAUGCUGACAAAAACUGUGAAAUGUACAGUGGAGGAAACAAAAGGAAGCUGAGUACAGCCAUCGCCUUGAUCGGGGAUCCGCCGUUCAUACUAUUGGAUGAGCCGACGACAGGAAUGGAUCCUGGAGCUCGACGGAAACUCUGGAAUUUACUGUCUGACGUCAGAGCAAGAGGAAGGACACUUGUGCUUACGUCACAUAGCAUGGAGGAAUGUGAUGCUCUUUGCACCAAGAUUGUAAUCAUGGUCAACGGGAAGUUUGUCUGCCUAGGCAGUCCACAACAUCUCAAGAGCAAGUUUGGACAGGGUUACACACUCACUGUCAGGCUUGGCUUGUCAUCAAGCGGUGAAGCAAUAUCAUCAAAUGAUGUCAUAAAUCACGUGCUGCAACAUUUUCCAAACACAGAAGUAUUUGAUGACUUGUAUCAAGGUUAUCUGAGUUUCCAGAUACCCGAAUCUGGCAUACCCUUAGCGAAAAUAUUCGGGACCAUGGAAAGAGUCAAAACUCAAUUUGGUAUUGGAGAUUACUCUGUACAGUCAACAGCUCUGGAGCAGGUCUUUCUGGCCUUCACAAGAAACCAGGUCUCAGCAGACGACAAGAAAAAGAAAAAGCGUUGCUGUUGUUGUUAA